AUGUGGAACAUUUCAAUUUUGGACAAUAUCGAUUUCGUUGAAAAGACUUUCGCUGCCUAUACAGGAAAUGUUAAGAGUGGCAAUGACGAUAACAAUAAAAACAAACAAGUAUCCUUAUUCGGCAAAUCAGACUACACAGAACACUUGUUAUUAACAUAUGCAGAGAUUAUUCAAGAAUUUCUUAAAAAAGAAUCGGAUAACUGGUCUCACGAAACCAUUAAGAACAGUGCCACUGAUGGAUGUAAAGUUCCAUUGCCUAAUGUUGUAAUAUUGAGACCAGGUGAAAAUCCUAAUUGCAAUGCCAAUGUGCAUGCGGCAUGUAAGAUGUAUUUCGAUGAUGUUGGUACUGAGAAUAGUGACUACAUUGACGUCGCUAUUAUUAGGUCAGUGGCAUACGUCAAAGAAUAUGUGUUCGGUCUUGAUUACGAUAUUCUCGGGGUAUGGGAUUUUUAA